AUGGCCUUUGCAACUGGAGAUAAUCAGAGGUUCAAUCAAGGAACAAGCUCAAAUCACAGUUCUCAGAUGCAUGCAGGAGGAUACAAGAAGAAUAAUCUGUUAUGUGAUCAUUGCAAAAUGACUAAUCACACAGUUGAUAAGUGCUACAAGCUCAAAGGUUAUCCACCAAGGCCUGGAUAUGGAAAGUUUGCCAAGGGUAAACGAGUUGCUGCUGUCGUUUAUGGAGAUGAUGAUUCAGACACAGAUGAGUGUGAUGCAGCUCAUAUCUCUAAAGAUCAGUUCAGCCAGUUUCUGACUUACAUCAAACAGAACAAAGCUGAUGAAGCUGGAAAAAUCACAGGCAUGGCAAACAUGGCAGAUCUCUUUGAUUCACAUGUUCCUUUUGAUAAAUUGCCAAAUAAGAUUAUUGUGGCUGAUGGAAAGAAAGUUGAAGAUUCCCAGAAAAGUUCCCUGGUUAUUGGUAACUUGGAGUCUGGUCUUUAUGCUGUUGAUAAGGAUCAUGCGGAGAGCAGUUCUUCUGUGAAUUUGGCUAUAACUGAAGAAGCUAAGCUGUUACACCUAAGACUAGGGUAUUUGCCAUUCAAUAAGCUGCAUUAUUUGAAUGCUAAUCUUCCUACAAAGUGUUGUAUAGACAUUGUUUGCCAGAUUUGUCCACUGGCUAAACAAACUAGGAAACCCUUUCCAGUUUCUAGUUCUAAGAGUAAUAAAUGUUUUGACUUGUUACAUAUAGAUGUUUGGGGGCCUUAUAAGUCCAUGACUCAUGAUCAUUGUACUUAUUUCUUGACUAUAGUUGAUGAUAUGUCAAGGCAUACUUGGACCUUUUUAAUGAGAAAUAAAACAGACUCAGUUGAUAUUCUGGAGUAUUUGUUUACCUUGAUUCAUAAUCAGUUUGAAGUUCAAGUCAAGUCUAUUAGAACUGAUAAUGCCAAAGAACUGUGUGAAGGCAAAAUUCUAUCAGUUUAUGAGAAGUUUGGGAUUUUUCACCAAACUAGUUGUGUGGACACACCACAACAAAAUGGUGUUGUAGAAAGGAAGCACAGACAUCUUUUAGAGACAGCCAGGGAUGUUACAUUCCAUGAGAAACAUUUUCCUUUCCAUUUUUCACAUUCAACCCAAACACCUGACUCUAUUUUCUUACCUGCAAACACACCCUUUAACUUUGGUACAGAAUUUGAUGUACCUGAUAUUUUUGUGCAAAACACAGACACUGACUCAGGAACAGGACAACUUGAUUUUUCUGAAAUGAGUAAUUCUACUCUUGAAACACCUACACAAAAUUCAACCCAAACACAAACCCAAACACAAAACAAUAACCAAACACCAUAUUCCAAGCUCACAAUCCCAGAAAGACAGUCAACUAGACCAACUAAAAAGCCAAGUUGGAUGGACAACUAUAUAUGUGUUGUUACUGGUUCUCCUCAUUGGUGUAACUUGGUGAGUUUUGAAGAGCUUCAUACUCCCUGUAAAGCUUUAAUAACAGCUUUUUGUUCACACACUGAGCCUGCAACUUAUUUUGAAGCCUCACAACACCCAGAAUGGGUAGCAGCUAUGAACAAGGAAUUGGAAGCUUUAGCUGCAAAUGGUACUUGGGAGGUUACUGAUUUACCUAGCAAUUGGUUGCAAGUGGGUGUUCAAAAUAAAGCUAAAAAAGGAUGGAACAAUGGAAAGGUUCAAGGCAAGACUGGUUGCCAAGGGGUUUUUGUUGCUUUUGUGGUUGCUGUCUUGGUGGGUUUGGCGUCGGGUAAGGUUUUGGUUUGGUUGUGGGUUCGGUCAGGGGUCGUGGUGGGUCGUGUGCCAGGUCGUGUGUUCUGGUGUGCCAGAACUUUUGUCCAAGCUAGGGAUGACUUCUCUCAGCCACUUCCUAGCUUGAGGGGGGGUAAAGAGCAUCAUGAUCAUUCUGAUCAUGAUGAUCAAGCUGAAGAUGACACAACAAUCUACCCUUUUGUUCAAUCAGAAAACGAAGAUGAAUCAGGCAGCCUUUACUUAGCAGUUUUACUUUGA